GGGUGAGCAAACCCGUCCGUGCACCAUCUCCUUGCACCGCACUAACCCCUCGGCUCUGCCCCCCAGCUGGUACUUCAGCAAGAUCAGCCGAAACGAAGCCGAGCAGCUCCUCCUCUCGCCUCCCAACCAGCACGGCUCCUUCCUCGUCCGGGACAGCGAGAGCAGCAAGGGCGAGUACUCUCUCUCAGUGCGCAACCACGCGAAGGUCAGCCACUUCCGAAUCUGCAAGAGCCCCGGGGGCAGCCUCUACAUACAGAAGGGCCAUCCCUUCCCCGACAUGGAGGAGCUCCUCGCCUUCUACACCAAGCACUGGAAGGUCAUCCAGAGCCCCUUGCUGCAGCCCUGCAGCCCCGCGACCCCCCCCGAGAGGGACGGCUGGGAGCGCCCGCGCUGGGAGUUCACCCUGCGGAGGAAGCUGGGCGAGGGCUACUUCGGAGAGGUGUGGGAAGGACUGUGGAGGAACACAGUGCCGGUGGCCAUCAAGAUCAUAAAAGCUGACAUGAAGGCAGAAGACUUCACCAAGGAGAUUCAGAACCUGAAGCGCCUGAGGCAUGAGAAGCUGAUCCAGCUGCACGCUGUCUGCUCGCUGGAUGAGCCCGUGUACAUCAUCACUGAGCUCAUGCGGAAAGGCAACCUCCACAGCUACCUCAACAGUCCUGAAGGGAAGUCCCUGGUCACCUCCCACCUGCUCAACAUUGCCUGCCAAGUGGCGGAUGGGAUGAGGUACCUGGAGGAGAAGCACAUUGUCCACCGGGACCUGGCAGCCAGAAACAUCCUGGUGGGAGAGGAACUCACCUGCAAAAUCGCCGAUUUUGGACUUGCCCGGCUCCUCAAGGAUGACAUUUAUUCCACCAGCAGCAGCACCAAAAUCCCAGUGAAGUGGACAGCCCCGGAGGCAGCCAACUACCGCACCUACUCCCUCAAGUCCGAUGUCUGGUCCUACGGGAUUCUGCUCUACGAAGUCUUCACAUACGGACAGAUCCCGUACGAAGGAAUGACAAACCAAGAAACCGUACGGCAAAUCACCAGGGGCUACCGCCUUCCCCGGCCCAGCUCCUGCCCUCCCGAGAUCUACAGCAUCAUGCUGGAGUGCUGGAGCGGUAACACGGAGGAGCGUCCUACCUUCCUGGCCCUGCGGGAGAAGCUGGGCUUCAUCUACAGACGGCUGCUGAGCUCCCUCUCCUGA